AGUCAUUGUCGACACUGUGGAGCCUUGGGACACUGGAAAGCAGAGUGUCCUCAAGCUGGUAGCAAUGAGAAAUCCCAGGGUUCAAUGCCUUCCGCCUCAGCCAACGUGGUGAUCGAUGAGAGACCUCAGGAAGUGAUCCAUUCAUGCGCCGAGUUUGAUGAAGUUUUUUCUGAGGAUGAUGAAUAUGAAAUGCCUGCCACUGAAACCAGCCUGCAUUCGAGUCAUGCCGAAGCCGUGUGUUUCAUGCUGUCUCAUGAGAAGUUUCGUGACUCGGUGAAGCCCAGCACAGCAUGCCGAACGUCCAAUGCAUCCGAUGCCUUUGAGAUUUCGACGUCCAUGCCAGUGUACAGUAGCCUUAUCGUCGUGAACCAGCUGGAAAAGCAAGAGGUGAUUUCCGAGAUGGAGACAGAGAACAGCCCGGAGACGCAUAUGCAGCUCCAAGAGAUGAUGAAACAGAUUCAGCUCCAAAGUGUUUCGCUGGAGUCCCUCAAGGACGAGAUCAACAAUCAGAAGAAGACUCCCGAACGCAAGACUCGGGUCAUCAAUUCCAGUGCCGCAACAUCAGCGCCUUCAGGGAGUUCUAUGAUGGUCGUAGCCGGACCACCCACUGGAAUGACUCAACGAAGGAUCAAAACGCCAUCUGUGGUGUCACAGGCGGCCAGCUGGGAAGAGAUCGAAGAAGUGGAGGAGAUUGUGAUCCAGCAGAAUCUGCAGAGUGUGCCAUUGACCAUGGCAUCCAAUCGAAGCUCACAGGUGCCACCAGCGCCUACCUUGCCACUGCCGGGACAUCUGUCCCUGGAGGAGUGGGGAUCCAACACCAUCAAUUUUGGCCGCAAGCACAAGGGAAAGACCUUUGCAACCGUGAUGCAGCAAGACCCGGGAUAUCUGAGCUGGAGCUUGGCAAGGUAUGCCAGCUUGAUGCCCGAGCAUCAGGACUUCGUGCGCUACGGCCAGUUGUGGAUGAAAGAGGUGGGCAACGAUCUGUGA